UACUUGCUAGCUGACAUACCCCUCUCCAGUAUAAAUGGGUGAUCAUGAAGAUGUUAAGAAUAUUUUGGAGGCGUGCAUGCUUCUUGAUCAGAGGUUAUCAGAAGCGUGUGACGCAAAGCACAAGGUUGAUUUAAUUCUGGAACAUCUUGGUUUAGUAGAGGGUAAACUGAAAAUCAAGUGUCCACAGUUCAAACCAGGUUUAAAAUGGAUGAAUGUUAGCACUCCCUUGAUGCUUAAUGAUCAACUGAAAGGAAAACUGGUUCUCCUAGAUUUCUUCACAUAUUGUUGUAUCAACUGCCUUCAUGUUUUACCAGACUUGGCUGCUUUAGAAGAGCAGUAUACAGUCCAGGAUGGCGUGGUUGUUGUAGGGGUUCAUUCUGCAAAAUUUGAAAAUGAAAAAGUCUCAGCAAACAUUCUUAGUGCCAUUUUACGUUACAAUAUCGACCACCCUGUUGUGAAUGAUAAUGAUGCUAGUCUGUGGAGUGAGUUGAUGAUACAGUGUUGGCCAACCAUUGUGUUACUUAGUCCAAGUGGAUGUAUUCUCCACUUCUUUGUGGGUGAGGGCCACAGAGACAGACUUAUGGAGUUCGUGCAUCAGUGUGUGCUGUACUAUAAAGAGAAGGGCAUGCUUAGUAACCAUGAUAUACCACUAGAUUUGGAGAAAAGAAAGGGAAGUAACACCCCUCUAAAGUUCCCUGGUAAGGUGUGUGUCAGUGACUCAGGGCAGGAAAUAGUUGUCAGUGAUACUGGACACCACAGAAUCCUAGUUCUGUCCAAGGAAGGAAUUGUUCAGGUACCUUAUUGACACAUGACACACUUUGAAAAAAAAAUUUUGACUUUCAAUUUUCAAAGAACUAAAAUUCAAUGU